GAAAGAAAUGGUUGGAAUGAAUGUUCUGCGAGUCGUCACCAUUACUGGAUCACAUUCGACUUUGUUGAAUAGCUCUUCGAGGAUUUUGUCGAGUCGGGUAGAGUCGACCAAAUUAGGGUGUCAGAAAACGGCGACUUGCUCUUAUACGACGUCGUCUCAUCCAUUCGGCAAGCUCCUCUUCCGCCAGCUCUUUGAGAAGGAAUCCUCCACCUACACUUACUUGCUCGCUGAUGUAACUCACCCUCAAAAACCAGCUCUGUUGAUAGACCCAGUUGACAAGACGGUGGAGAGGGAUCUUUCCCUUGUUGAAGAGUUAGGACUCAAGCUGAUAUAUGCUAUGAACACUCAUGUCCAUGCUGACCAUGUAACUGGCACUGGCAUGAUAAAGAGCAAGGUCCCUGGCGUGCAGUCAGUCAUUUCGAAAGCAAGCAAAUCGAAAGCUGAUCUUCUAAUUGAAGCUGGUGAUAAAUUAUAUUUUGGGGAUCUGUUUUUGGAGGUUCGACCUACUCCUGGCCAUACAUUAGGUUGUGUGACCUAUGUUACAGGAGAUGGACCCAAUCAGCCCCAGCCAAGAAUGGCUUUCACUGGAGAUGCAUUAUUAAUACGCGGAUGUGGAAGAACUGAUUUUCAGGGCGGGAGUUCACAAGAACUCUACAAGUCUGUGCAUUCACAGAUAUUCACAUUGCCCGAGGAUACAUUGAUUUAUCCAGCUCACGACUACAAAGGAUUCACUGUUAGCACCGUAGGAGAGGAGAUGCUCUAUAAUCCUCGGCUCACAAAAGACCAGGAUACAUUUAAAAAUAUCAUGGAAAAUCUGAACCUUCCCUAUCCAAAGAUGAUUGAUGUGGCUGUUCCUGCAAACAUGGUUUGCGGUCUACAGGAUUUGUCUUCGAAGCCUGUUGAGGCUAUAUCAACCUAGAUAUGAUCAGAGUUAUCUUCUCUUCAGUUUAAUGCAGUUGAUUUCAUCCUUGAUUAACCCUGUGCUGUAAAGAAUCGAAACUCUUGAACUCAAGACUGAGAAUCACUCAUCCGAAGACCAAAUCAACUACAUACUCACGGUAUGCAACAAAAGAAACGACAUAAAACAAAAAAGUCUUCUUGCUUUGUACUGCUGUAAGAGAUAGCACAUACAUAUAUGCUAUAUGUACACAACACAGUCAUGUAUGAUAAUAAAUUCAUGAGUUUGGAUCUCAGAA